AAUCCAAAUAAACCCACCAAAAUUCGAAUUCCUACCAAAUUAAAUUAGUCAUUUUUAUUUUUUUUUCAAUUUUUUAGUCCCUUUAUAAUCAUUCCAAAAUAAUUGAUCCUCAAUCCAACCCUUCUUACAAGUUUUCUUUCUCACAACCUUAAACUCAACGAAGAAUUUUUUUUUUUGUGGAAAAAGAUGCACCCAACAAAUGCGCCAGCUCCGACAUCACUUCCAUCAGAUGAGGUGGACACGUCACCCCUCCUGACCCAUUCCAUAGCCGAUCACCUCCUCCGUAGCCGCCGUCUCCUCCGUCGCCCACCCCCACCUUUAAGCGGUGCGGCUGCUAGGCUCCUUCGCCGCGCCAGUAGUCGUCGCUUGAUGCUCCGUGAGCCGUCGGUUCGUGUACGAGAAACCGCGGCCGAGCAACUGGAAGAGCGUCAAAGCGAUUGGGCCUAUUCGAAGCCCAUUAUAGUGCUUGACAUUCUCUGGAAUAUGGCGUUUGUGGUAAUGGCGGUUGUCGUCUUGGGACUCAGCCUUGAUGAAAAGCCCACCGUCCCUUUAAGGCUCUGGAUUUCGGGUUACGGGUUACAGUGUUUAUUUCACGUUGCUUGCGUAGUCGUAGAAUAUAAAAGAAGAAAUGGAAGAAGGGAUUCGGAUUCGGAUUCGGAGAACAUCGAGGGUCAGAAUUUGGCCCUGAAUUCUCAGUCCGGGAGUGAAACGGGGGAUUCUGAGGAUUAUGAAACAGAGCAGCUGAAUAGUGGAAAUGAAAACAGUGUUGCCAAAAUCUUGGAGUCUGCAAAUACAAUGUUUUCAUUUCUUUGGUGGAUCAUUGGAUUUUAUUGGAUAAUGGCUGAUGGACAAGCUUUGAUACGUCAUUCACCUGGACUUUACUGGCUUUGUGUCACAUUUCUUGCAUUCGAUGUAGUCUUUGUGAUGAUCUGUGCUGCUGUUGCCUGUCUUAUUGGUAUUGCUGUUUGCUGCUGUCUUCCUUGCAUCAUAGCAAUUCUGUAUGCUCUCACAGACAGGGAAGGAGCAACAGAGGAAGAGAUUGAUAGAUGGCCAAAGUACAAAUUUCGCAGGGUUGGUGAUUUCGAAAAAGUAAAUGGUGAAAUUCAAGAAUCUCGUGAGGGGAUAAUGACUGAAUGUAACACUGAUACGCCUGCUGAACGAAUUCUUUCACACGAGGAUGCUGAAUGCUGCAUCUGCCUUUGUGCUUAUGAAGAUGGGAGCGAAUUGCGCGAACUCCCUUGCCAUCACCAUUUCCACUGCACCUGUAUAGACAAGUGGUUGUACAUCAAUGCUACCUGUCCACUCUGCAAGUUCAACAUUCUGAAGACAUGUAACUUGAGUGGAAGUGAAGUGUAGAAAAGCCUAAUCAGAGUAAUUAACAGUGCUUCUUCCCUGCGUGUACGCAAUUAUAUGACUGGCCAUCUUGUUGGCAGCCUAGAGGCAGCAAUUAGGGACGGGUUUCGCCACAUAAGCAGGCGUGGCUUUUCUGGUUUUCCCAAAUUGUAUUAAUGUACAGUAUGUGUUUUCCCUACUUGUUUUAGGCACGUUUAGUUUGCGGAAUGAAAAAGUUAUUUUUCUUCAA